GAGCAGAGCCAAAGAAAUUGUGAAGAGAGAAUUGAGUUUUCCAUCUGAGCACACAGUAAUCUAGUUCAGUUUACCAAACGUUAUCAGUCCAUGAAGACUCACUGAACCAGAGUUCAGCACCAGGAGGCAGGUGUGUUGAUUCAUGCAUAUAAGGUAUUGGACUUUCACCCUUCCAUAAUAACACUAGCAAGGAAGAAACUCAAUGGAUUCAUCUAUGGUGACUGCUUUUGGCCUAGUGUGCUGUACCUUGUGUCUGCUUCUUAUUUCAGCAUUGAGGAAGAGGUGUGGAAAAGGAAAGCUCCCACCUGGCCCUGGCCCUCUUCCAAUUAUUGGUAAUAUAUUGCAGUUGGAUACUAAGAAUAUCCCCAAAUCUUUAUGCAUGCUGGCAAAAGUUUAUGGCCCAGUUUUCACUCUGUACUUGGGUUCUAAAUCUGUUGUUGUGUUACAUGGGUACAAGGCAAUGAAAGAAGCUCUGAUUGAUCAUGGAGAAGAGUUUGCUGGCAGAGGAAGUUUCCCAAUCAUUGAUGCUAUUAACAAAGGUUUAGGACUUGCUUUUAGCAAUGGAGAGAGAUGGAAGCAAAUCCGCCGCUUCUCCCUCAUGACGCUGAAGAAUUUGGGGAUGGGGAAGAGGAGCAUUGAGGAGCGAGUCCAAGAAGAGGCAAAGUGCCUGGUUGAGGCAUUAAAAAAAACGAAUGGAAUGCCUUGUGACCCCACAUUCAUCCUUGGGUGUGCUCCCUGCAAUGUCAUCUGCUCUAUCAUUUUCCAGAAGCGGUUUGAAUAUCAUGAUCAGAAAUUUCUACAUUUAAUGAAGCUUUUAGAUGAAAAGGUCAAGAUCCUGAGUUCACCAUGGAUACAGAUCUAUAACCUCCUCCCACUUCUGGCACAGUAUCUCCCAGGAUCUCACCACAAGCUAUUUAAAAUCUCUCAAAUGAUGCAUAAUUUCUUUUUGGAGAAAGUGAAGGAACAUCAAGAUGCCCUGGACCCCAACAACCCUCAGGAUUUGAUCGACUCUUUCCUUAUCAAAAUGGAGCAGGAAAAGGAAAAGCCACAAUCUGAAUUUACCAUGGAAAACUUGGUCUGUACUGUGUCGGAUAUAUUUGGUGCAGGAACACAGACAACCAGUACCACUCUGAGAUAUGGCCUUCUACUUCUCCUAAAACAUCCUGAGAUAACAGGUAAAAUUCAUGAAGAAAUUGACCGUGUUAUUGGCCACAACCGGAGUCCCUGCUUGAAGGACAGAAAUAGUAUGCCCUACACAGAUGCUGUAAUACAUGAGAUGCAAAGAUACAUUGAUCUGGUCCCAGCCAAUCUGACCCAUUCAGUGAUACAAGAUGUUAAAUUCAGACAAUACAUAAUCCCUAAGGAUGAUUCCAUAUGAAGAUUAGCUGGAGGAACUGGGGAUAUUGGCCUAGAAGAGAGAAUAAAUGGAGGACAUGAGGGAUAUCUCCAAAUAUAUGAAAGGCUAUCUUUUGAAAGAGGGACUAGACUUGUUUUGUCUGAAUCCAGAAGUCAGAACUUGGAAUAAUGGUUGGAAACUACAAAGAAGCAAAUUUCAGCUUGAUACAGGAGAAAAUUUCUUUAUAAUUUGUGCCACCUCAUAGUGGAAUAGGUUGUGUCAGGAGAUGAUGUCACUUCUACUGGAGAUAAUCAGCCAAUUUGUUGAGUAUAAAGUAAAAGAGAUCUUUUUUUCAGGAAUGAAGUUGGACUAAAUGGCUUUUGAAAUUGCUUCCAACUUUGCACAUGUUUAGUUCUGUGAUUCAGUCAUAGAUAUAGGAGAUAUCAAGGAGAGAUGUUAACUCUAUAAGAAUCCUGCAGUGGAAAACCCAGGUUGAAGGAACCUAGAAAAGGUCAAUUUCUUCCUCAAUUUCUUUUGUCUACCUCCAUAUAUUAUCAAUCUAAUAUGCUUUUUGGUUACAAAAAGGUUCCCAAUAAACCAAAUUUUGUCAUAACAAAGAAACCAGGAGAAAACUAGUGAUAGACAUAAGUGGAAAGCUAAAUAAAAAGCCCAAUCUUUUAUUGUAAGAACUUUUCACAGUUAGUUAUUUAAUAAUUGUGACUGAAUUCCAAAAUUUCCAUUUCAAAUAAACUCCAUAAAGCCAAUAAAAUGGAACAAAUUGGACCAUAGGGACCAUUUUAUUUCCUUCUGUGCUUAAAAUGAACUGGUUUUUGCCGUAGGGUAUUAACUUCUUUUGUUAUAUGACCACGACAAGCUUCUUUUACCCGUUUUUUCCCCUACCUUUUGUUUAUUUCUCUUAAAAAUCCAAAUUAGAUGCCAAGUUCCCUGAUAAUCUACACUGAUGUUUUCAGGCAACUAUUCUUUUCCUUCAAUAUUGGAGCUGGGUUUUUUUGUACCUCCAGGAUUUCAUUUUUGAGAAUUUCCUUAUUAUUCCUUGUUUAACUUCCUUUAUAGAAUUUUGUUCAGUGGAAGCUUACUUAUUUUUCCUCUGAACUUUUAAAAAUAUGCUGUACUAUAAUCUAGUAUCCAUGUUAAAUUAUACCUGACUUUUAUGUUUAUGUCACCUUCAUUUGUGAAUAUAUGUUUUCCCAUUUCCCUACCUACAAAUAUCUCAUAACAAAAAAUAAAAAGGAAAGGAAGGGGGAGAUAGCAGUUCAGUAAAACUAUCUAACACUUCAAACAAAUCUGACAUAUAGGCACUAUUUCACUCCCAUGGCCUCCUAUCUCUUGCAAUGAAGUGAGGAAGGUGAAUUUUUCAUCUUUUUUUCAGGGUCAGUCUUCAUCAGUACAAUUAUACACCCUUCCCCCCUGCAAUCCUCUUCACUUUAAAGACAAUUUGAGACCUAGAGUUAUGAAAGAAUUUUUCCAAGGUGUCACAGUUAGCAAAUAUCAGAGCUUGGAUUAGGACCCUAAUUUGUACUGGUCACAGAGGAAAAGGGAUCAUAGUAUGCUUGACUUUUCUCUUUUCUAAUAAACUCUAAGAUAAUAACAUUCUCCCCAAGGUUAUCACAAUGGCAUUAUUUCUAUUUCAGCAACCAUUUCUCCCCUUUGGGGAAAAUAAGAUCUAGAAUAGACUUCUUCCAUGUUGCUUCUUCAAUUUUUUUUAGGAUGAAAUUUUUUUAUUAAGGUAGGUCAAGGAAUUAUUAGCUUCUUACUAUUGAUAGAGAAGAAAUUCCAGCACAUUUAGGGAUAAUUGAAUUUCACCUUUCAUAGAGGUGAAUCUGAACUCUCCAUUAGAAGAAUAUGUUUCUUUUUUAUUUGAUGUUUCUAAUAAAUUCCUUGACCAAUAACAAUGAGGUUUUUUAAGUCCAGGAUUUAAGAGCAAGAGAUGAAAGACAGCUUGUGUGUGAGGAAUAAUAAUGCCACAUAGGAAUCUAACCUCAUGGUACUCUCCUUAGGGCUAGGACACUCCUUUGAAGAGACAUGAUCUUGGGGUACAUGGAAAUCUUACUUCCCAUUGGUCUAUGAUAUUUCAAUAGCAUAGUAAACAAAGGGCAAAUCACAGAUACUUGUAUUUCUCACAUUGCAGCUUUAGUUCCUUGUUGCCCCCCCAGCUCCAGCAGGACCACAAGCACAGUUCUUUUAUCUACUCCAAAAAUUGGUUUCUCAGUCUUUAAUCUCCCUUACAUACUAAUAGGUUAGAUUCUGGAUAUCAUUUUCUCUCUCCAAGGGAUGGUGCUGCCCAAGAACUUCCUCUAUUCAACUAAGGGUCAGAGAUUCUCUCCCCUUUGUCGCAUGGUUCCCUCCUCUCACUAAAAUUUGAAGUCUAAGAGGUGGUAUCAUUAUCUCAUUAAGACUGAAGCCAUGAACUUGGGGUCCAGGAACUCUCCUUUUGGACCACAUGGGUGAGAUCAUAUGUAACUUACAUGUACUUGUUCUCCAAAGUUCCAGAUCUGCCCAUACCAGUUCUGCUUAUAGUAAAAUAAAUGUUCCAAACAAAAGCA